AUGGCGUCGGUGAGCUCUCUAUCGCAAUUGCACAGCUCCGCCCAACGGCUUGUUGGGAAAUCUUUGCUGCUUCCAGUUGAUGAGGAGUUUGUGCAGACUGUGCACUGCUCGCCACCUGGGGCUCAUUGUAAUGAUGGUGGUUCCGUGCACGCCGCCUACGAGCAGCUAUUGGCACGCACCCGAAAGGGCAACACUGGGCCUCCUCCAGGCGUUCCAAAAGCUGUUUUCUCGUACGCUGCUGAUGCUGUUAUUUCUAGCCGCGCAAACGAAUUUAUGGGCCCACUAUGCUCUCCCAUGCGAAAAUCACACGCCGCGAUGUUGCAGAAGAGUCAGUACUUGGUUACUGAAAAAAGUGAUGGCACGCGUGUUGUGUUGGUGUCUUUGCUUGCUCCCAUGUUUCCGCGCUGGUAUUUUCGUGAGAUGGACGGUGGCCCCCCACGCUCUUUACGACUCGACGACGCGAUGACAUUGGAAAGGAUGCGUCUCGAGUUCAGCGGCUCAAACGCUCCUGUCGGUGACGGUAUGCAGCUGCAGCUCUCGCUCGGCCUCUACAGAGUAGAAGCUCAUAAUGAGAAAGCACUUAAUAGUGAUGGUGAGGUGUUUGUUUUGAAUCGUUGCACGGAUGCUUCGAGUGAAGUUGUCUCAGGCCUGAGCUCUGUAUCAGUAGAACGGCGUUUGGGCCCGCGACAUAUGGCGUACUGCUUUGACCGUUCGAUGGAGCGCGCCUAUCUCCUCCUUGAUGAGUAUGGGGCUCCCUCAUUAAUUUCCUUUGCCAUUGAUGGUGAACUAAUGGUUACGGUGAAGAAAGAAGCGCGUUUACUCUUUGGCUGUUUUGAUGUCUUCCGCUACGCGCAACAGGAGGAUGCAGUUGAGCAUGAUAUGUGUCUGGCACGUUGGUCCAUGUCAAAGCGUUACGCAGCGUUGAAGGAAAUUAUCAUCAAUCCUAUACAUGCCUCAUUGGCAUCAGCUGCAGUGGAGCCGUCGCUGCAAAUCUUUGCGAAGGAGAUGCUGCCACUUGAAAAGUUUAGCGAGUGUCUCUCUCGUUUGCAACGACACGAAGUUGAUGAUAACACAUGCGGAGUGGUGUACUACUAUGAUGGGCCUUAUGGGUUAACUAAGAGUGAUGGUUUUAUAUUCACCCCGGAAAAGUUUGAUCUUGUUCAGGGCGCAAGCAAGGAGCAACUGAAGUGGAAGUGGCCUUCUAUGCUUUCAGUGGACUGGAGUCUUACUGCUGUUGAAGGCCGGAAGAAUGAUUAUAUGGUGGAUUUGUUCUUCCGCAAGAAGCGUUUUGGGCACCGUCCUGACAGUGUUGGUCGAGUACGUCUUUCUUCCGCUAUGCGUCUUCUGAAUCCCCACUCUCUAGUCGUUCCAACGACAAGCUCGAUUGUUGCGGAGUGUGUGUUUGACCAUCAACACAAGUGCUGGCUGAUCGAGCGGCUUCGCAGCGAUAAAUCUGAGCCAAACUCGGUUGUCACUGUCAUCUCAGUGCUCGAGAGCCUUGUGGAAGACAUCACUCUUCGUGUGCUUUUGGAUAUCAUUGGUGUAAAUGGCACACUCCCCACGGAGUGCGUGCAGUCAUUGGAGAAGGAUAUCUCUGAAAAGAAGGAAGGAACCAUCGAAUGCAUUUCAGAACCACCGUAUGAGAAAAAAACGUGCCAACUUACACUUCGUGCUACUCAAUUGCAAACACAAGGCGAACAUGAGAUUCACCUUUACUGGUCAGUGCGACUUCACUCGGAAAAACAGCACAUACCUUGUGUCCACUGCAAACUUAGCGAAUGUAUGGGGUUGGGAUUCAGGUGCCCUGCAGAAGAUCCCACAUCAAAGCUAACAGAAUGCUUGUACAUUGCAUUGGCAAACGCUGGGGGUAGCUAUGCAUGGUCUGACUUUACAGUCGACGUUGUUUUUGACGGUGAGGCAGGUCGAUGGAAAAUUGUUGCUGUUCAGCCAAAUGGUGAAAACCGAAAAUCAACAGGUGUGAGCGUUAUCCAACACCUGCAGUACCUCCUAGUUUGUGGACGGGAGAAGACACGCCUUGUUGCUGAAUCCACGACGGAAGAGGUGUCAUGCGUCGAAACAGAAACACAAACCAAUGCAUUGGUGCAGCAAAUAAAUGCUCACUAUGCCUGCAAAACAAAGGAGCUUUCCAGUGGAAAGGACCGGAGCGUGCUGCGGCAGUUUAACAAUUGGGUGAAAAGCGUUCUUAUUUCCACCGCAGUAUCUUACGUCCAGCUUCACUGUAAUAAUGAGGUUUUGCGUGAUCGCCUUGCUGUCGCUGACUUAUGCGCUGGACGUGGUGGCGAUCUUUUCAAAUGGAGGGCACACAAGCCUCAGGCGUUGUUCAUGGCGGAUUCCUGCUUGGAAGCCAUUGCCGAAGCUGCAGGUCGUUACUGUGUUUCUAAGGGCUUGAGUGUUAAGGUGGUUCCCAAUGAAAAGAACCAUCCUGGUUUUCCCGCGUAUUUUUGCGUGUGUGAUGCCUUUGACGAAACAGGAGAGGCAUUAACUGUGAAGUUUGAUGAGUUUUUUAAGAAACAUUUGCAUGACAGACGAUUGGACAUGAUAUCUUGUCAAUUCUCUAUUCACUACGGCUGCAGCAGUGAAGAGAGAAUGCGUGGGUUUCUCCGUGCUGUGUCCACUGCAUUGCGACCGGGAGGUGUAUUUAUUGGUACUACGGUGAAUGAUAUGGAACUGCUUCGCCGGGCACGUGAGCAUGGAAGUACCUUUGGAAAUGGUGUCUAUAAAGUUGUGUUCCCAUCAGAUGCCAAUCUUGACGAUUCCUUCGGUGUUGAGUACUCCAUAUCUGUUGAGAGCAGCGUGAGUGAGCUUCCCGAGUACAUAGUACCAUGGGAGAGAUUUGUCGCACUCUGUAUGACGUUUGGCCUUCAGCUGGUAGAGACUUUUGGGUUUGUCGAGUACUCUGGUGUGCACUACAACUCCACACUUGGUCAGGAGCUGCGUGACACUAUUGGGGGAAGUGGUAAGCGAGACUUGGAUGGCCACGUAUUACUACGGCUGUCGUCCGAGGAGAUGGAGGCGGCGGCGUUGUUUCGAACAUUCUUCUUUGUAAGGAAUUAA